AUGAGCGAUGCGGAUUUCCAAAGACAAAGCACUGCCCAAGAGGAGAUUGAACAAAUGUGGAAAAAGGAAGAGCUUUAUUGGAAGCAAAGGUCGACAGUGAAUUGGCUACAAGCUGGUGGCUCAAAUACAAGAUUCUUUCACCUUACCACAAUCCAACGCAGGUGGAAAAAUAGGGUGCUGAAGCUAAAAUAUGAUAGAGGUGUCUGGAUAUCUGGGGAAAAGAAUAUGAGAAUGGAAUUUCAUGUGUUUUUCAAUAAUCUUUUCCAUACCUCUAGGCCAAGGAACUGGGAAGGAAUCAUUGAUUGUAUUCCUGCUAUUGUCUCGAAGGAGAUGAAUAGGAGUUUACUAGUCCCAUUUAAUGAAGAAGAAAUACAAAAGGUUGCUAUGCAGUUGGGGGCAUGGAAGGCGCCUGGGGCUGAUGGCUUCCCAGGCUACUUUUACCAAAGGUACUGGCAGACUGUCAAAACCAUUGUCUCCAGAUCAGCAGAAGAGUUCGAGUGCGGUUUCAACUGCUUGGAGGAGAUCAACAAAACUUUCAUUGCCUUGAUCCCGAAGGUCUAUGUAGGGUGGCUGAAGGUUGAGUGUGCAGCAAAUGGAAGUUUCCACCUAGGUUCAAAGGAAAAAAAGUUAGCAACCAUAACAAACGAGGAGUGGGAUGUACUCGGCGAGUUGGCCAGAGGAGCCAUCGAAAACUACAUCACUGAUGAGGUUAUCAUAAACGUGAUGCAAGAUACAACGAUGCUAACGUGGGAAAAUCUUGAGGAGAUGUUUACGGGGAAGUCGCUGUGCAACAAACUCUUUCUAAAGGAAGAGCUCCUAAAUUUCGGAUGA